UCCUGAUAAUAUUGAUGACUUGGAACUAUCAUACCUUGAAACCAGAGUUAUAAAGGCUUGUGUUACUGCUGUAAGUGCAAACACUGUCUACAUUGAUGAAGAAAUUUAUUUCUCCCUCGAUAUUGUUUCUGAAGAUUUUAUGCCUUACAAAGGUGAUUGGCUAGAAGUUGAGUACUCCAACCUUCCUGGCCCAUGCAACAUCAAGGUGCACUCAGCAAAACCCUUUUUCUGUAAGCAUCUGAAGGAGGUCUGCAUCACCAGCCUACAUGGAAGAAAUGGAGUGAUUGACAAUACUAUCUUCUUCAUAUUGGAUUCUCUGAAACUUCCUGAUGGAUUCAUUCCCAAAAAAUAUGAUAUUGUUGAUGUUGAUGUAGUUGAGAGUAUUCAGUCAUGCUAUGUUUGGAGAGCAAUUUCUAUGAACCCAGUAUGAAAUUAGUUAUAGAAAUAUAUUGUUCUGUUUAUGCAUUUAUAUAAGCAAUAUAUCCUGUUUAAACUGAAAACUUAGGUUAGUAAUCAUAAGCAAUAUUUAGGUACUGCUCCAUGGUAAAUUCAGUUAAAAUGCCAGAUACUUCUAUUGAGACCAAGAACCCGCUCUGGAGGAUUACAUUGUCCAUUCAGAAGCUAACACUACCUUGUUACUGAAAUAAAUGAUUCUUAGAAGUGGCUCUGCAGUUAAAUUUUCUUGUUUUCCAUGGUAAGGAGUGGAUUCUGUAGAAGCACAGACAGGCCAUGGCCCUGAACUAUGUAUCAAAGAAGUAACAUUAGAUUCAAGGAGCAACCGGGCCAGCAUGUUGAUGCCAUGAUUUAAAGUUACAUUUUGCUUUCAAUUUUGAAUCCCCCAUUAACUUUCUGUUAUAGGUUCAUUUUUUUCUUUUAUAGCACUUGCCAAUUCUUAUCAUUUAGUUUGGUGUAUUUCUUGUUUAACUGUGUUUCUCCUUGUCCAUGAUAAUAUGUAUACUCCAGAAGGUAAGGGUGGUUUUCUUUAGUAUGUUUUUCCAUUAACACAUCUCCACACACUUCAAAUAGUACCUGGCACAACUUUGGUCAGGGUAAAUAUGAAAUUUAAUAAAUGUUUGAUGUG